AUGUAAUAACUGUUAAUAUUCCAUUUUUCAUUUUAUAAUGCUAUUGUAAUUUGUGGUUAAACACUACAGAUAUAUUCUACUUAAUUUAUACCUUUAACCUCGACAGUAUCAGAAUCAAAUGUAUUCACCAAGGAUAUUACACAUAUAUUCGAGGGAUUUGUUUUGGUGACGUCCUACAUUAAAUGCAGAACAAAAUAAAUACAAUUUAUUAGAACACUACACUGUAUCAGUAUUCGCCAACAGGUCGAUGUCCAAGGCAUCUCUAAUCGAUCGCGAUACAACUUACAAUCAAUCCCACCCCCCCAAAAAAUAAAAAAUAAAAUAAAAAAAAUACCGAGGGACCCCGAGUCGUGGCAAGCCAGGGUAUUUUCUUUGCAAAAGUAGCUCAUUGCAAAAAGAGGUUGGAGACCCCUUAACUGUACAGUUCUCUAUCCUCUCAGGGUACACUGCUUAGUAGUGCAAAAAGGAAUGCAGUUUGGCCCCCAGGAUGUCCAUAUGCAUGUUACACUGUGGUCGCCCUAAUUAGAAUCCUGGCCAGUUCUGCUUAAUUAGAAGCUCAGGCACGAGGGAAGAAUCUGUUCCAGUGGCAACUUGAUUUACUACUUCUGUUCUGUAGGCGUUUACCAGAGGGGAGUUUUUGGAGCGGGUGUUACUUCUCACAGCAGAUAUCAGCCAUGAUUUUCCCAGUACACCUCCUUAUCCUGUAUUCAUACAGUUCCUGGAUUGAAAGAAAGCUGCAGGUGGUAAUCAUUUCUGCAGAUCGGACAACAUGCUUCAGAGGAACAUUAUAUGCUAUUGUGUUUUUGUGAUGAUGGUGAUGUGCUUAUCCCUCUUGACUGACAGUGUUCAAGAACUUGAAUGACUCAACCAGGAUGGCAGAUAUUCCACCUCUUGUCAGUAUAUGGAAUCAUCCCCAUUAGAAAUAAAGUCUAUCCGAAUGAAGUCAUCAGCACAUUUCAGCAGUGUGUCAGACUGGUCACCAGAUAUUCAAUCAUUUGUGUACGGAGACAAAAUGAAGAACAUCACUUUACUUUUGCGGCGAAGCAGAGGGGGCUGUCGUGCUUUGUGUCAGAGAGAGCUAAUGCCCUUCACCUUAAACAUGACUGCUUAGGAAGCUUAGGAACAAGACUUCGGCAGCUUCUCGCUCCAUCUGAUGGGAGGCAUUUUCGUUUUUGGAGCUGCGACCGGGGACAGUUCACACUAGGAGGUGGUACCCCCCCAACACAGAAAACCUUGGAGGAUAUUGCCCGGGGCAUUAGAGAGCGGGAAUAUGAGAAGAUAGUGGUUAUGGUGGGAGCGGGAAUCAGCACACCAAGCGGAAUCCCAGACUUCAGAUCGCCUGGCAGCGGUCUGUAUGACAACCUGCAGCAGUACAACCUACCAUACGCUGAAGCCAUCUUUGAUAUCAGUUACUUCCAGCAUAAUCCCAACCCCUUUUUCGCAUUGGCCAAGGAGCUGUACCCGGGGAACUACCGGCCCAACGUGGCGCAUUACUUCGUGCGACUCCUGCAUGAUAAAGGCCAGCUGCUGAAGCUGUACACGCAGAACAUCGACGGGCUGGAGCGGAUGGCUGGGAUACCUCCUCGGAAGCUGGUGGAAGCCCACGGAACAUUUUCCACAGCCACCUGCACUGUUUGCCGGAAGGAAUACCCCGGCGAGGAGCUGCGGCCUGGCAUAAUGGCAGGGACAGUCCCCAAGUGCUCUACCUGCAAGGGUGUCAUCAAGCCCGAUAUCAUUUUCUUUGGUGAGGAGCUUCCUCUCCAGUUCUUCUCGUACCUCACCGACUUCCCCGUCGCUGACCUACUCAUCGUCAUGGGGACAGCACUGGAGGUGGAGCCUUUUGCCAGCCUGGCCUAUGCCGUUCGCAACUCUGUGCCGCGUCUCCUGAUCAAUCGAGAUCUCGUAGGGCCCUUUGCCAGCCGCUCCCCUCGGCACAACGACGUGAUCCAGUUGGGUGACAUCGUGGAUGGAGUCCGCAGGCUGGUGGACGCUAUGGACUGCAAGGAGGAGCUGGAUUCGCUGAUGACUAACAGCAAUCAAAAGCUGUGAUGCUCACACACACACACACACACACAAACACAUGCACCUAUUAAGGCAUGUAGGCAUUAAGGUGCUGCACACCCUGAAUGGAUGGCCAGCCCAUCAUGUGAUACUCUUACACUUUAGCCAUUUUCGAUUCACCAGUUCACCUGAACUGAAAAUCUGUUGGCUGUGAAACUUGAGUUUUUGGCUGUUUGUUUUAUUUUGUUAGUUGAACCUGGGGCCUGUAUCACAAAGCUGGAUUUCUUGCUUAGCCAGAUGACUUGUUGGAUUUAAGGUAGUCUGGGCUAAGUGUAAGUGAAUGAGGAAAAAGUCCAUUUAAACUGGGGUACCUUAAAUCCAACAAGUUAUCUGGCUCACAAAGAAAUCCUGCUUAGUGAUGCAGUCCCUUGGUAGAAGAUUCAUGUUUAGACACACUUAUGUUCCUAUAGGGAGUGGUGUGUAGUUCAGGAGGCUAACACAUACUGUAUCCUUGGACCCUUGAGUGAGGCCCUUAACCCCCAGCUCCAGGGGUGCUGCUCACUGACUGACCCUGUGCUCUGACCCCCAAGUUCGCUCUCCCCUGUAUAUGUGCCUGUGUGUCUCAUCGAGAGCAAGAUGGGGUUUAUACUGAUGAGUAUUUAAUAUAGAAUCCCAUAUGUAAAUAAAGACCUUGAAAAGCUGAGGAAACCAAGGAAAUAAUGUUCGUGACUAAAUGCACUUUUCUCAUUUGUCCUAAUCGAGGCUAAGGAUGUACAGGAUAUUUGAAUUUUUCUGUAUCUGUAUUCAGUCCCCUGGGAAGCCCUACACAAGCGUUUCCCAAUCCGAUCCUCAGACACCCACAGUCGAUCCAUGUUUUUGCUCCCUCCCAGCUCCUUGCCAGACAAUCCGCAAUACAUGGGCUGUCUGUGGGUCCCUGAGGGCCUGAUUGGGAAACUCUGCCCUACACAAUCUAUAUUGUCCAUUUGUGCUACCUACAAAUGGCAACCAAUCACCAA